GGAGAAGGGAGCGAGAGGCGAGCAGCGCGGCUCCUCUGCUUCCCUCCUCCGGGCCUUUUUUCUUUUCUUUUCUUUCUUUUUCUUUUUUUGGCGGGCGGCUUAGAAGACUUUCUGCCAUGACUACAUAGAGCGGCGCUGAGUGAGCGCGCAUUCCCGAGCUGCUGCCGCCGCUGCUGCUGCUUCUGGGCACCAUGAGGGGACUGGCGCAGGUUUUUUUCCUGGUUCUGCUGUACCUCGGCAAGACAACCUCUGAAAAAAGAAUACAAAACUCCAUCUAUGUUCCAAGGAGAGUGCAUCCAAAUUUCAUUUCAGGACUGCUUAUUUCCAAAUUAUAAGGUAAAAGUCACUGCUGCAUGUAUCGAAUGCGGUUCCUUAAACAACAUAACAGUAACAGAAACAACAAUAAGCGUCCAGCUAAACAACAACUUUACAAUAACAAGUGUAACUUUUCAAAAUAAAUCAGUUGUGGGUCUUUCUAAGAAUGAUUCAAUAUCUGAGCUUUAUCCUGGUUUUCAGUAUAUUGUUCACUUCAAUAAUACUGAGGAAAGUAAAAGUUGCUGCAAAUAUAUUUUUACAAAACCCAGUCCAGUUUCUAACAUCCAAGCUAACCAUCUCAAUUCCACAUCAAUAAUUCUGACUUGGACCAAUGAAGAUGUAAAUGCUUUUACUUAUAUUUACAAAAUACUUAAGAAAGGACCUGGUUUUCAUAAUGAUACGUUUUCUAAUAUUGGAAAUACAACAGUCAGUAAUUUGCAACCUGGAACGUUAUAUAGCUUUGAAAUAGCGACACAAAUAAAUGGGACCAAUAUUACAGGAGACACACAAGAAAUAAGUCUUCAUACAAAGCCCAGUCCAGUAUAUGAUAUUAAAGCUGAAAAUAUCACUACUACAUCCGUGGAUUUAAAAUGGAAAAACAAUGAUACAAAUUCAUCAAAUUAUACUUAUCGAAUACUUAUUGAUGGACUUGGUCAUUCUGAUAAUAAAACUUCUGAUACAACCUCUGUAUCAAUUCCUUACUUGAAACCUGGAACAUUAUACAGGUUUGAAAUAUAUGCACAACUCGAUGAUAAUAAAACCGAAGGAGAGCCAAAUGGAAUAAAUGUUUAUACAAAGCCCAAUCCUGUAUAUGAUAUUAAAGCUGAAAAUAUCACUACUACAUCCCUGGAUUUAACAUGGAAAAAUAAUGAUACAAAUUCAUCAAAUUACACUUAUCGAACACAUAUUGAUGGACCUGAUCAUUCUGAUAAUAAAACUUCUGAUACAACCUCUGUAUCAAUUCCUAACUUGAAACCUGGAACAUUAUACAGGUUUGAAAUAUAUGCACAACUCGAUGAUAAUAAAACCGAAGGAGAGCCAAAUGGAAUAAAUGUUUAUACAAGACCUAGCCCAGUGUAUGAUAUUGAAUUUGAAAACGUUACCACUACAACUCUGGAUAUAAAGUGGAAAAAUAAUGAUACAAAUGCAUCUAAUUAUACUUAUCAAAUAUACAUUAAUGGACCUAGUUAUUUUGACAAUAAAACUUCUAAUAGUCCGUAUGUGAAAGUUGAUAGCUUGGAACCAGGAACAUUAUACAGAUUUGAAAUUUAUGCAGAAAUUGAUGGCAGUAAGGGAGAUCCAAAGGAUACAAGUGUUUAUACAAAGCCCACUCCAGUUUAUGAUAUUAAAGCUGAAAACAUCAAUACUACAUCCCUGGAUUUAAGUUGGAAAAAUAAUGAUGCAAAUGCAUCUAAUUACACUUACCGAAUACAUAUUGAUAGACCUCCUUUUAGCUGCUUUUCUAAUAUUACACAUGUAUCAAUUUCUCACUUGGAACCUGGAAGAUUUUAUAAGUUUGAAAUAUUUGCACAAGUCAAUGGCAAUAAAACUGAAGGAGACCCAAAUGGAACAACAGUUUAUACAAAACCUAGCUCAGUCGUCAACAUCACAGUUAAAGAUGUGAGUACAACCGUGGUCAAUGUAUCAUGGGAAAGUCCUGAUGCAGCUGCUUCUUCAUACUCUUAUAAGAUACUCAUCAAUGGAAUACCUAAUAAAAUAUCCCCCACUACUAACACUGAAAUUUCAGAGCUAAAUCCUGGUACUAAUUAUCAAUUCAGCAUAUAUUCCAUAGCAGCGGAUAACAAGACUGAAGGGACACCCAAGAACAUAAUUCAUUGUACAAAUCCAGCAUCAGUGGAUAGAUUUGAUUGCAAUCUCGUAGAAAAAGAGCCAAAAUUAAGUCUAAACUGGAGCCCUCCAAAUGGAAGUUAUGAAGGCUUCAGAAUCGAGGUCCUAAACAAUAAUUGGAACAAGACUUUGGAGAAAAAAUAUCAAACCAUUGUGACAGGCCUGGAUUACUUUACCACUUAUACCAUUAGAAUUGUCACCCUUUCAUGUACGAAAAUGAGUGUUCCUCAGGAGAAAAAAUGCCGCACAAGUAUCACUGAUCCCCCACCUUUGCUCAUGUCCCCUACUGUCAAGGCAAUCAGCCACAACUCUUUCAGUGUUCAGUUCAACAGUUUUAGUUCAAAUCAUGGACCUAUAACAGCAUAUGCAGUAAUUAUUGCCACGUCAGAAGGUUCAGUCUCAAAUGAGACUUUAAAGUACACAUAUAAUGAUUUCAGGAGUAAAGAAACAAAUGCUUACGUUGCAUAUAUCACAACUGAAGAAAAGCGUUCAUCUCCUUCUACCCAAAAUCAGGAUUAUGUUGUUGAAAUAGGAAAUGAAUCUAAAACAUAUGGUUAUUUUAAUGGAAAAUUAAAUCCUCUUGGGUCAUACAGGGCAUGUAUUGCCGCUUUCACUAGAAUUGCAUUUUUGAAUGAGACCAUUGUCAACGCAGAGAAGAGUUAUGUCUCAUUUUCUCAUCUUUCACCGUUUGUUGCCUUACCUGAGAAUCCAGCUGUCAUCACAGGAGGUGUUGUCGGAAGCAUUUUGGUUCUGUUAGUUAUUGUUAUAAUUGUUGGAGUCAUCUUCUGGAAAAAGAAAAGGAAAGGUAGAAAUAACGAAGUGCCAUUUACUCAAAUUGAAUCAAAGUUACUUAAAGUUGAAAAUUACGAAUCUUAUUUUAAGAAACAGAAAGCUGACUCAAACUGUGGGUUUGCUGAAGAGUAUGAGGAUCUUAGGCCUGUUGGUGCUAAUCAGCCUAAAUUUGCAGCUGAAUUGUCAGAAAACAAAGGAAAAAAUAGAUACAACAAUGUUUUGCCUUAUGAUAUUUCUCGUGUUAAACUUUCAGUUCUAAAUCAUUCAACUGAUGAUUACAUUAAUGCAAAUUAUAUGCCGGGGUAUAACUCCAAGAAAGAGUUUAUUGCAGCACAAGGCCCUUUACCUAACACUGUGCAAGAUUUCUGGCGUAUGAUCUGGGAGAAAAAGAUUUACACAGUUGUUAUGUUGACUAAAUGCGUUGAACAAGGCCGGACAAAAUGUGAAGAGUAUUGGCCAAACAAACAAUCCAAGAACUAUGGGGAUAUAAUGGUGGCCAUGACUUCAGAAAUUUUCUUACCUGAGUGGACAAUAAGAGAUUUCUCCAUACAGCAAAGUGAUUCACCGGAAAGUCAUCCUGUGCGUCAGUUUCACUUCACUGCCUGGCCGGAUCAUGGGGUUCCAGAAACCACUGACCUCCUCAUCAGCUUCAGGCACUUGGUGCACGAAUUCAUGAAGCAGAAGCCACCAUCUUCUCCAACCUUAGUUCACUGCAGCGCUGGUGUUGGGAGGACAGGAACUUUCAUUUCAAUUGACCGUUUGAUACAACAGAUGGAGAUAGAGAACACAGUUGAUGUGUAUGGCACUGUUUACGAUCUACGAAUGCAUCGAUCUUUAAUGGUACAAACAGAGGACCAAUAUGUCUUCCUAAACCACUGUGUUAUGGAUAUUAUUAAAUCUAAUAAAGAGAAGAAAAUGGAUCUCAUCUAUCAGAACACAGAUGCCAUGGCAAUCUAUGAGAACUUCACACCAUCAUCACCAUAUAUUGGGAGGGCAAAUGGCUACCAUGUAUAACUAGAAAGGAAUGAUCUGCUUUCCCAUUUGGGUUUUUUGCAGAGGAGAGAAAAAAAAUGCACUGCUUUUGUAUGACUUUAUAUACAAAGACUUCAGCACAUGUUUUGAAGAUGCACGUGUUAAAUUGCCAGUGGAAACUGUGGAUUCAAUAUAGUGUUAAAAGAAAAAAAAUCUAUACUGUAUUUUGCAGAGAAUUUUUGCAUUGAGGGUUGAUAAAACAAAAUAUUAUUGGUGAAAUUAACGUUGGCUGAAUAAUAAGAAUGAAAAAUACAGACACUUUUAAAUUAUUUUUUAAACAUGUUCAUGUUCAGACUUCAUAGGAUACUGAUUCUAUUGUUCGUGUUCCAGAAAUAUUAAUGAUGUAUAUUGGUCACUUUAACAUUUAAAUUCCACAGUGACUUCUUAAAUUCAUUUUAUUUAAAAUGAGAACACGUAAACCUUUUAUAAAUAGGAUAUUUUAUUAUGUAAUUGUGCCUUUCUAUUUUGCUAAAGACAAAAUAAUCAGAGAUCUAUAUUUUUGUAUUGAAAUUCUGAGAUGAUGUCUAACAUUUGAAUAUGAUUAUUUUCAAAAAAAUUUAUCUGGAAUACCUAUGCUUAUUCCUUCCUUCUGGAAAUAGCAACCAUUCAUUUAUAUGAUACUUUAGUCUGCGGAAGGUUUAUUGCAGAAUUCAUUUGCUUGAUCUUGUGAGCAGAACUGUCGUAUCAUAUUUUGGUUUUAUAAGAAGGAGAAGGCUUUCUUACAUGGGUAAAUUAAAAUUUAUCCAAUUUUAUUUUCAUGCAUUGAAAAUAUUUCCCACUUUUCUAAAAAAUGUGGUGAAACUAGUCUUUCUGUGCCCUUUGAAGAUCCUGGUUGUUCUGUUUCUCUGUACCAUUUUCGUUUUUGACCAUGUGUCCUUAAUACCUUUUCACUGCAAUGUGUAUAAUGAUUAGAGAUUUCAUCUAUUGUCAUAAUUUGUAUGCUUAGUAAUACUUAUGAAUAGCUGAUCACAUUUGACAAUAGUAUGGAUACCGCAAAAGAAAAUGGUAUUGAGAAAUAGCAGUUGUUUAUGAAACAAAAGGAAGUCAAGCUCUUAUUUGUGAAAAUAUGUUAAUUUCUAAGUAAAAAUAUAAGGGAUGUCCAAGUAGCCCUUGAUACUUGUGACCUCAGGUUUAAUUAUUAGGGGUAUGCAACUAAUAAUGCAAAGAUGGAGAAGGUGUGCGAAUGAAUUGGCAACUUUAAUUUCUUAUCAAUUUAAUGGUUUUAUCAAGUUUUUUUCAAUUCGUAGUUCUUCAGGGUAAGAAUUUGAUACAUCUCUCCAGCGAUCAGUGCUUUUUAGGAUGUUCUCGACUUAAUGACCACAAUUGAACCAGAACGGCUAUUGCUAAAUGAUGCAGUAUUGAGUUUUGCCUGAUUUUGCGACAUUUUGGCCUCAGUUGUUAAAUGGAUCACCAUAGUUGUUAAGCAAAUCCAGGUUCUCCUAUUGAUUUUGCUUAUUGGGAGUCCCCUGGGAAGUUUUCAAAUUGCAAUUCCAUAAGCCUGUGUCCAUUUAAAUACAUAUUAGUUGCCAAGUGCCCAAAUUUUAAUCAUGGCCACAGGGGCAUCGCAAUGGUCAUAAGUGCAAGGACAGUCACUUUGUUCAGUGAUCUCCUGUCAUUUUGCACAGUCAUUAAACAAAUAGUCAUAAGUCAAGGACUACCUGCAGUCCUUGAUUUAUGACUGGUUGCUUAGUGACCAUUCAAAGUUACCGCAGACCUUCCAAAAGCAAAUAAUUUUGAUUUCAAAGUUAUCACAGCCACAAACCACUACCACCACCCUCCACUGCUACAGUCACAUGAUUACAUUUUGGACACUUGGCAACACACUCACUUUUAUUGCUUUUGCCCCAAUUUUCAACAUUUUUUAUCAGUUUCUGGUGUUUGCUUCUGAUUUCCAGCAAAAGACGCCCAUUGUCAGGCAGAAAAGAUUUACGACCACACAUAAAGUUCCAGUUAAACUGAUUACUAAUCAUGCCUAUACAUAGGAAGCUACUCAACUAACGGUUAGCACUAUCUUGGUGUUAGGUAGGUGGGAAUGAAAUUCAAGAGGGAUUGGAUUUAGUCCAUUUGUGGCUAUGUAGAGACUCUAGGCCGAUUCCUCUUUUGACUCUGCCUCCAGGUUCUUUCACUCCUUCCCCUACAACUGUUGGGUAAAAUAGAUUUUCUUAAAGAUCACGGCAUUCACUUAACUGCAGCAAAAAAAGUCAUAAAAUUAGGUCCAGUCCUGCUGCAACUUAGGACUGUAAUUUUCGGCUCAAUUAUGGUCAUAAGUCGAGGACUACCUAUAGUACUUUCCCGUGCAAAGCAGGAAUAUCAAAGGUGGAGCUUAUGGGACCUGAGAAUACCACAUCGACAGCUUCCUGCUUGACCAUGGUAAUUCAAGUAUCUCAAUCAUGGCAUGUUGCUCAGAUCUUCCAAAAGAUUUUUAACAGCAACUUUUCUAUUUUAAAAAGUAGUUUUUCCAUAUGCCUAGCACAACCCCUCCCCCUUUUACCUAUCUGACUUAAAUUUAGGAGGUUUUGUUCCUUUAUCAUGGAAGGGAUAGUCUACAUUCAGAUUUUAUACCUGGCCCCCAUCUCUUCACCAUUACACUGCUUACAUUCAGUAACAAAAUGGCCAAUUUUCAGCAUAACUUGCUGAAACGAGUGGAAGUAUAAGCACUGGGAGAUAGCCGUCUCCCAUUUCAUCUCCUGAUACGUUUGCAAAUGAUCUGAAAUUUGACCCUUUGCUCUCAGGUUUCAUUAGCAUGAUUUAGAGGAGAAUUUGAAAAGUUUCCAAUGAGAGGAAAAGUAUUGUUUGCCCCUCAGAGGCUUCUACAUUUUUCAAAGAGGCCAAAUUUGAGUUGCAUCCUUCCCUUGCUGCCCCUAAGGCAAAAAACAAAUAACCACAACCCUACCAUUCUUUCGAUUUUCAUGAAGGUACUUUAGAAAGGCAAAAAGACAUAAACAGAACUUGGUUUCCAGUUGCACUCAGUGGAGACAUCGAAAUUUGCAUAAUUAAGUUUCACAUUCAGAUCUCAAAGUCAAACCAAGGAUUGGAUUUGCCUUUUUCUGAAUUGGAGCCCAAAUUAAAUCUAAUUAACUAGCUACUUUAAAACUUGUUAUUGUGUUGCAAACUGAAUACUGUAGCAAUAAACUCGUGUGAUUUCCCAUUGAAUGGAGCUUUAUCGCACAUACACCCUCCAUGCAUUCUCAGGUUUCCAGAUACUUAUAGAAUAGUAAUGAUUGGUUCACCACAUGCAAAAUAAAGCAACAUUGGUCAUUUUCAGUGCCCAUUUCAGAGCAAACGGUUUAUCUAAGUUAAUAAGAUUAUCACUUGAAAGCUGUCACUUCAGUUGAUCUUGAGGACUGACCACGAGUGGCAUUCUUAAGGGAGGAGAAAAGCUAUGUAGCUUUAACUGUGGUUUGCAUACCAUUGUUGUAAUGGCGUAUGGCAUUGGUGGGGUGGAUACCCCUCCUGUCCUGGUUGUAUUUUUGUGUUCUUUUCUGUGAUGAAGAUUUAUUUAAAAGUGCAAUAUUUGAUUUAUUGAAUGAAUGAUUGCCUCUAUUUGAAUAGAGUUUACUCAGGUUCAUUAUCAUUCCUGUUUGUUCUGUGGUUUAUAUUCUUGUGCAAAUAGUUUUCAAAAGCCUGAAGAACUCCUGUAGUUAGAAUAAUCAUAUUUGCUCUAUUUCUUUUGACUAAAAAAAUACAAAGAUCUACUGAAACUCUCAGCUACAGAUUUUUUUAUGCAGUGAAAUACAUACACACUCAUGCAUAUGUUGCUGUAUACAUAUAUACUGUAUAUAUAUGUAUAUGGCUCUGGUUUUGUUUUAUUAUGCUGCUGUAGUUUGUAAUGGAUACGAUUAAUGAAAAACGAAGGGUUCUGCAUUGAAUUACUUUUGUUGGUACACUGUUCUUAAAAUUAUGAAGGCAUUUUUAAUGAAGGACGUGGUUUGCAAAAGGGAAGGGGAUUCAUAUAUUUCUUUUAGUCAAUGCGCUGGCAGCAUUAAAAACUGGUAUGAUAUUUGAGUGUAUUAUAUUGCUAUGUUGUAUUUUAGUAUUGUAGAUUUCAUUCAGCUUUCGUCAACACAACCCACCAUUGCAUUAAGCCUGUGAGCAAAACUACUCGCCUUGUUCAAGUUUAAGAUUUGGAGAUAUUCCAGUGUUAUAAAGUUUGGAUUACAGAUUGUUGUAUAGAAAUGUAUAUUCUGCUUCUACAAUAACAGAAGUUUGUCUUGGGUGGCUUUUUUUUACUCUGCUCCUUCAGUAAAAUAGCACUGGAUUUUGGUGUGUUUGUCCAAAUGCAUUCUACUUGCCUUCUUUGGUUUUAAUAAUUUUGUCCUUCUGUCUUUCUCAUUGUCACAUAUACAAAGUGUAUCAUUUACCUCUGUGGGGACGUUAAAUAGGAAGCAGCCCACCUCUUAAUGUAACUUUGCCUUUGCAAGUUGAUGAGAGCCCAUACAGAUUAUAAAGAACCUUUUGGUGAAAACUGAUGCAUAGAGAAAAAAAGUUUUGCAGACAAUUUAACUGAAAAAAGAAACUGCUGGAGGAUAACAAAAUGCUAAUCACAUAAAGGCUGAGCCAUGGUGAAGCAGUGGUUUCAAUGAAAUAUUGCAGACUACUGCUGCUGCCGGCAGGCUGCCUGCAGUUGGGCAGUUCGAUUCUCACCGGCUCAAGGUUGACUCGACCUUCCAUCCUUCCGAGGUGGGUAAAAUGAGCCAGAUUAUUGGGGAAAAUAUGCUGACUCUGUAAACCACUUAGAGACGGCUGUAAAGCACUGUGAAGCGGUAUAUAAGUUUAAAUGCUAUUGCUAUUACUAGAGCAGCCUUCAUGGAUUUUAAGAUAAUAAGGGCUUUAGAUCUAGGCUGCAAAAUCUGGGAUGACCAUUAGAGGGCAGUGAAAAGAUACCAAAAAUUGUCUUCACUGCUAUAUAGUAGUAUCUUGCUAUUUGCAACGCAUGUCUAGUAGUGACACGUUUCCCUUAUAACACCCAAAAACUGAACUAUAGCGAUUGUCCAGCCAUGAAUAAACAACUGCUGGGUCAGAAAGAUCAGAAUUUAUGCCUCUUUUGUACUAAAAGAUAUGGUAUCUUUUUAUAGAAAAGCAAUAGUAGAAAAAUGUGCUUACCGUUUACGCUGAUAAAUACACUGGCAAAAACAUUUCUUAAUAAAAUUUGAAAGGCCCGAGGAUCAGAAGUGAGCAGUGAGCAGAGUAAUCUAAACCUGUGUUGUAAAAAACUCUAAAAUCAAGACAAGGCAGAGGGAAGAAAUGGGGUUCAACUCUGUUUUCCUUCUAUAACUGGUGUUUACAAUUGUUCAGCUUCCACGGAAACCUUUUGAGUCCAGAUAGAAGUUGAUGGCAGGACAGAACAGAGGCCUUGGGAAUCAUAUUCCCAAACUUUCAGCUCUUAGACCUCAGAGGAAGAAGUUUAACCAAUCUUUGGCAUUCUCAGCCAGGAAAUCUUAAUUUCAUAUAUAAAUUCAAAUAGUUAAUAGAAACUAGGAGGUGAAUAAAGAUGUUAGGGGGUUGCAAAGAGAAUACUGUUAUUUCCUAAUUUCUUUCUCUGCUUUCUUCAAAUUAAUCAUUUCCUCUUCAUUCUCAGCAUAUCAGGGUGAUGGUAGCAAUUGCAUCAGGACUGCAGCAAGUUUGUUCUAGGUUGUAACAAGUGAUAUGCAGAGGCAAGUGGCAUGGCUGAACGGGGGUUAGGUGGAUCCUAACCUAAUUAAUGUCCCAUUUCUCUAACUGUAGACUAUUUUCAUAGUCCAUCUCCAAAAUGUGUUUCAGCUGGUUCUAUAGCUACCCAGUUUGAAAUAGCCACAGGUAUUUAUCCCUACCUUGAUUAAACAGAAUGGACUAAGAUAUUAAAGUAUUUUUGUCUCAAACAGGCCUGACCUGAUGAUGACACAGCAAUAACGGACAUCUAAUUGGCAAAGCUGCUUAAAGCCUAAUGAUCGAAGGGACAUAAUAGAAAAUUAUAAGAACUCAUUCAUUCAUGCGAUUGCUGCAUCCCAGUAAGGCGGUAGCAUCCCUGUCGUGUCCCACUCCUCCGCUGACGGCUGGGUCAGGGAAAUCCGAAUCAGGCUUGCCUCUGCAGCUCUGCCCAAAGUCCUAGCAAAGUCCUCAGAGCAGGCAGGAGACCAGUAAGUGACUUCAGCAAGAUAAGUUCGACUUUUGCCUGACUCAGAGACUGCCAGAAAGUAGAUCCUUUAUAUAGGCCAUGGGGUGUGGCUCCAUGACUCAGCACUCAUUAAGGCCUGCCCCUCCCUUCCUUCUGUUGCCUCCGCCUCUCCAAUCUUCUGAUGCGAGGAUUACUCCAAUCAGCUGUUGUUGGGAGUAAACCCUCCUCAGGCUCACCUGCUGUGGAGGAGGGGGAGGGGUCUAGCUGCUCCGUUUGCCUGGGCAUGGAGUCAGGGCUGGGGCAGGGAGAUGCUCCUUCUUCUGCAGUUUGUGUGGGCAUGGAGCCAGGACUUGGGCCGGGAGGCAUACAUUCCUCAGUGUUCGGGAGCAGGUAAGAAGGCCCCGGCUGCUCUGAGGGCGGGCAAGACACAACAAUCCCUUUUUCUCAGGCACCAAACCUGCUUAUCUCGUGCCUCAGUUUACUGAUACCCACUGGCAUUAGAAAUCUAAUUAAAGUGGCUUGAAUAGGCAUAGUUUUUUACUGGUUCUCUUGUUAAGCACUCCCUUUCAAUAUAGGCUUUGAAAUGAUCUGGA